AAGAGGAGGAGGGAGGCGGCAGGGACACGGUAACCUGCAGGAGGACUCGCAUGGUCCUGCAGCAGCGGAGCGCACACCACCGGGACACUCCAGCCCUCUCACUCCCAGCUCAGCUUCAUUUUUCUUUUUUGUUUUUACAGAAAAUACUCCCUUUUUUAUUUUUAUUUUCUCCCCCCCCACACACACACACAUUCCGCAUCCUUCCUCCUCCCGCAGCCCAGUGUCGGUCGGACUUGGGCCGGUAAAGCAGCGCCAUGGCUAGGGAGAACGGAGACACCGGCAGGGGAGAGACGUGGAAGAAACAAGUCGACGACAUCAAGAAGAUUUUUGAUUUUAAAGAAGUGCUCGGCACAGGAGCAUUUUCCGAGGUGGUCCUGGCUCAGGAGAAGCUGACCGGCCGGAUGUUCGCCGUGAAGUGCAUCCCUAAGAAGGCUCUGAAGGGGAAGGAAAGCAGCAUCGAGAACGAGAUCGCCGUGCUCAGGAAGAUCAAGCAUGAGAACAUUGUGGCGCUGGAAGACAUCUACGAGAGUCCCGACCACCUCUACCUGAUCAUGCAGCUGGUGUCCGGCGGCGAGCUGUUCGACCGCAUCGUGGAGAAAGGGUUUUACACGGAGAAGGAUGCGAGCACGCUAAUCCGACAAGUCCUGGACGCCGUGAACUACCUGCACAAGAUGGGCAUCGUCCACCGAGACCUGAAGCCAGAGAACCUGCUGUAUUUUAAUCCCCAAGACGAGUCCAAGAUCAUGAUCAGCGACUUUGGUCUUUCCAAGAUGGAGAGCAGCGGUGACGUCAUGUCCACCGCCUGCGGCACGCCGGGAUAUGUGGCUCCGGAGGUUCUCGCCCAGAAGCCGUACAGCAAGGCAGUGGACUGCUGGUCCAUUGGAGUCAUCGCCUACAUCCUGCUGUGUGGUUACCCUCCAUUCUACGACGAAAACGACUCCAAGCUGUUUGAGCAGAUCCUGAAAGCCGACUAUGAGUUUGACGCACCGUACUGGGACGACAUAUCAGACUCAGCCAAGGACUUCAUUGGCAGUCUGAUGGAAAAAGAUCCAGCCAAGCGUUUCACCUGCGACCAGGCACUCAGACACCCCUGGAUCGCCGGCGAUACAGCACUGUGCAAGAACAUCCAUGAGUCAGUCAGCAGACAGAUCCGAAAGAACUUUGCCAAGAGCAAAUGGAGGCAAGCGUUCAAUGCCACCGCCGUGGUUCGGCACAUGAGGCGGCUGCAGCUUGGCAGCAGCAUGGGGAGCAGCAUGGACACCUCCAACCAGCCGAACAGGCCGAGCCAGACGCAGAAGCCGGUCCAGGCGGGCCAGAACCAGCCAGCUCAGAGCCAAAACGCCGGCCAGGCGGCGCAGGGCCAGAGCACCAACACGGCCGCCAGUAAAACCUCUUCCACAGACAACAACAUAGCAGCUCCGCGUAAGGAAUGUGUAACUGCUCCGGCCACGCCCUGCAGUCUGGCAUCAGCAGCCUCUUCUCCCGCCACAGGGGCCGAGCUGAACCGGCCACACCCCUCAGCGGUCCCCGCCCCGGUGCUCACAGAGACCAAGUGACGCCAGGUCCCGCGGGGAACCAGCUGGGAGGCCACAGCGCUGUGAGGCAGAGAGACGGAAAGAGACGGAGGACGACAGGAGAGGAAGAGGACGCCCCCUCUUCUUCUUCUUCCCUCCCUCUCCUCACUGCUUUUCCACUUGGAUGCGCCCCCCCAGCCAGUUCCCCGCCCUGCUCCCGGGAGAGCAGAGGACUUUACCUCCAUCCCACCGAUUCGGGCCACAAAGCGCCAUACUGUAUACACCCAACACCCAACCACCAGGACGAGGUGUUGGAUUCCUCCUGCCACAGCAAGAGCACGGCCACUGACUGUCAUUGAGGAUGUUCAUACGGCCGGCUGUGUGUUGCUGUUUAAUGAUGACUGGGUGUCGACUGCUGCGAGCUUGAGCAGCAAUCGGUGGUUCACGGUGGGGCCGGUGGUAUUAUAUUAUUCACUGUCAUUCAACAUCAACUUCCCUCUUGAAUCUGGUCUUUCCUGCGUCACUUUAUUGAGCUUUUUUCCAAAUUAGGUUUGUUGGCAAAUGGAUUGUUUGAUUGUUUAUUAUUACUGUUAAUUUUAAAGGUGGUAUGUGUACAUUUUAAAAAAAGCAAACAUCAUUGUCAGACUGAUAGUGCUACUUUGGUAUAAUUACUUUAAAUAAAUAAGACCAUGGCCGAGACGAUUGGUCACCUCUACCUCAUGCUAUUGCAGCUAUUAAUUAUGCGUUAAUAAGACCCCAUUUCCCAUAACCCCCCCUUGUUUCUUUGUGUUUCCACCUCUUCCAAAAUCUCUGAAUGCUUUGGCUGAGUUUGCUCUAGAAGAACAGCACCCUCUUCCUGUUACGUGCCAUAAAGCAUUCCCAGCAGAUUUCCCUCCAAAUCUGCGCUGGUGAGUAGAGGCUGAUUGGUCUUCUUGGUGAUGACCUCAUUUGUUUACACCAAUUUUACGAAUGUAGAUAACUAACGUGACAAUGAUUUGUUCCUGUUAAAAUCAACACGUAUCACCUUUAAGACACUUUUCUAUGUCUUUCUGGGCUUGUUUGUUUGUUUGUGCUUUAAGAAGUGCUUUAAAAGUACCAUACGACUGUUGAGAUAUGAAAUCAUGAGUAAGCGCUUUUACGUAUUUUGCACAGAGAGGGUCAGAUAUUUCUCAGACACUGAUUAGCCACCAUCCACUUCUGUUUAUCAGAGAGUAGAGAUUGUAAAACUUUAUGGAAAAAAAAAAUAGCCCAGAGUGGAUGUCUGAGCAUUGUACAACUUGCUUAUUGUCUGAAAGAUUCUGAUUUGUUUAUUAUUUUCUUACUUUAUAAGAUUUUUUAUAACAAUCACCCUUUAAGGGACACACAUACAGGUUACUAUGAAACAUGCAGCAGGUGUAGGAUAGUGUAGGUUAGAUAGAUGUACUACAGGAAAACUGCCUCCAGAUGAGAAUGUUAGCGAUGGGAGCGCGUCCUUUUGAUUUUUCCCGAAACCAAGCAGCCACAUGCAGCGCAGUGCCGUUUCAAGGUUGCACACCAUCUCUGAGAUAUUUAACUGCCUCCCACGUGGGUCCUCGGAGUAUUCGGCCCGCGUGGAGGCAAAGACGGAGAAGCUGCUGCGUGCCGCUGUUCCCUCCCCCCUCUAAAGAAGCCAUGAUCUCACCUUCUCGCAACGUCAAAGCACCCAGUUCAAGAAGUGCUCAGGGAAAACUGCGGCUGCACUGUGAGCUGGCGAAUGCCGAUUUCCUGGUUUAGGUCGUUCUGUCAGUGUUAGUGGGUCGGGCAUCACAGUUAAAGAUCCGGGGCUGAAGACAUUAGCUUCGUCCUUCUCGCAGUCACGGACUCGUGACUCGAGUAUUGAAGACAGACUUUGGGUUCAGACUAUUCCAACAAUGCCUCCAAGGUGUUUUGGAUAUGGACAACUUGCUCUGUUUUCUGUUUUGUUAUUGCAAUCCCCAAGCCUGGAGCAGCAGUUGUGGACGAAACCGCCAAAACAGCAUGUAGGAUAGCUUACUCCUUGACGUUUUUGAAACAGGUGGUUUUAUGACCAAAAUCGGCAGCCUGGUGUGCAGAAAAGGUGUAACAACCUGCCUUUUGCAAUGGCUCAGUUUAAACACAGAGCUGUGAAAAAUCUGAUGUGUGUGUUGUACAAUUGGCAGCAAACCAUCGGCCAGAGGAAGCAUUAGUCUGUUACUGAUUGACUUCAGGUUAAUCUGACUAUUUGUGAAGUUGUUCCUGUGGCAGUCACUUUUUCCCCCAAAUGACUCUUAACACCUCUAACUGAUCACCGGGUCUUGAUCAGGCCAACUCGUAGAAAAAGAAUCUUCCAGCUCAAGAACAUCAGUGGACUUAUUUUAGGUCACAUUUGAGGAUUUAAGGUUUAUUUCAAAAUAGAUGAAAUGACUGAAGUCCACAACUUAUACAACUAUAUUCAAAUGUCACCUUCUACGGACCCUUCUGUGUUGAGAUUGUGUCAUUGGUUAAAAUGGCCUUUUAGACAUAACUCAGAGAGCACAACUGUACAGAGUUGUCUGCUCGCUCACAUAUCAGAUUGUCAUGUCUUCAUCAGAUGCAAUUCUACUGAUCCCUUUAUUGUGAGUUGUUGCCAAAGACCUAGUGCUAGGUACGAAGACAAUUUGGUUCAUUCUACAUAAUGAAUUGAUUAGAACUAGUCAGAUACGAAGCUGUUUAAGACACAUGAGAAUUAAUACUAAGGGCUGAACUCCAAGAAAUCUAUUGACCUUUGAUUCCUUCUUGAUCCAUUGCCAUUGCCAUUUUUUAGUAUCUACACAGCAUGGUGCUGUAGAGUAUCUGCAGAUGUCCUCAUAGUACUUGUUUUAAUCUGUCUGGCGUGUCAGAAGAGUGUGAGACAACAGCUGGAUGAAGGUCAGAGUCAGGUAAAAAUGACAGUAAAUCAACUCUCACCCAAGCUUUUCUGGAAUUCACUCCUGGCCCGCUGCGUCGUUUUGUGUAUUAAGCUCCACACAUUUGGCACAAGACAAAAAAAAAAACAUGAAUAGACAUUUGCGAAUGUUAUCCGAUCUAAUCUGUGCAUUCAUGUCGAUCUGUAACAGCAGCAGCUCCUUCCUUCAGUCCCCUCUGCAAGGACAAUUCCAGCGCGCUCUUCCAACAACACUUUACAACCCUUAGCUUCAAAUCUUUAAAUAUGAGCGCAAACAUGUAGUUUGAAUGUUUUGAAAGGCUCAGUAGUUUACAAAAACAGCUGGGCACUGUAGUUUUCUGCAAAUGUUACUUCAACAGGAAUUAAAAAAAAAAAAAAAAAAAGCAUUUUGCUGGGGCCUAUUUUCAGCAGUGGAUGAAUACACAUUUGUUGUUUGCAGCAGCAGAACAGGGUAUGUGAUGAAAAGUUGCAUAACGCACCUUUAAGUCGGAAUCUCUAAAUCUGGGUGAUUUCGAUCGGACUGAAGCGAUAUUGUCUCCGUAAGCGCAGCUAGCGACAGAUCGCGCUGACAGCGACGGAUGGCUCGCGGUGUAAACAGCGCUGUUGUUAGAGCGAGCGAGCCGGAGAGGUCGUUGGUAAAAACUGAUUUCUAAUUCAGAAACCUGUGAUCACGCGGGAAUUGUCCUUCUGCAGAACAUCUUGUUCCACUCAAUUACGUGUGCAGGCUCCGAACACACACACAGAUCUGCCGCACUGCUGUUUUAAGUACCCGAGCUUAAAUCGUGACACUUGAAAUACGUGCUAACAGCACCGACAGCGCUUGUCGACUUGACUGAAAAACACUGCAGUUACUUUAUGCAUGUUUGCCUGGCAACUAAUCUAGUCAUAGUAGACUUUUAGGUCCAAUAAUUUUGAUAGAGUUACUGUAGGCGUGUAGGAAAAAGGCUGUUUAGCCUGAUUUAUGUCGUUAUACUAAACACGCAGUCGUAGACAAAGCUAACGCUCCAGUGUUAGAGUUACAGCACCCGUGUGUCUCCUGCUGCACGGCCACACAGCUCACCUUUCAGAAAUAUAUAUUCAGUGUGACUUUUUUACAGCAGGGUUAGUGUUACAUUUUUUCUCUCUUAACCAAACUCUUAAGUCGAUCCAUGUGAUUACCCGUGUGUUUCUUAGGGGGAACUUUUGACCAUGUAAGGGCUUUUAUUCCUGAAUCUAAUUAUUCACUGUAACCACGUAUCCCAUCGAUUGCUAUGCAUUUUUUAAAACAUUUUUAAGUGCGUCGUCAAUGCUUUUUUUUUUUUUUUUUUUUUUUUUUUCUCGGAAGUUGGGUCAGGGAAACAAAUGAAACAUCAGCACCUGUAGUUUAAUUAAAGAUUUAGAAAGUUUUAAUCACUGACAAUUAAUAGUUAUUACUGAACGAGCUGCAUUGUGAAAGUGCUGAACUGGGUUUUUCCUCCUCCGGCACAAAAGAUGUUAAUGAAUCGUCAGCCAACACUUGUAUGUCUCAUUAAAUGUGAUGUCUACGGUCUGGACAUUCGGGGGGUUUUUUGAAUGUAUUGUGAGGCAGGCGGCGGGUUCAGGUUCAUGCUGCUCAGUGGUUUUAUGUCUGCUGUUUAAAAAAAAAAAAAAAAAAAGUAAAAAUGAGAAAAAAAAGAUGUUUUCUGAAUGAAUCUUUCCAUGUUUAAAGUUGCUACUGUAAAUAGAUUGUGAAUAUGAAUGAUCAUUUUCAAGACAAUAUUUACAAACGUUUGCUGUUCGGGCAUGUGAGAGUGACUGAGUGAGCAAGUGUGUGUCGAGGGAAGUUGAUUGUACUCUCUAUGGAAUGUUUAAUGUAAAAAAAAAAAAACAAAAAAAAAACAAAAAAAAAAAACAAGCUAAAACCCCCUUUACUCCUUCCUGCAGUCUGCUUCUUUCAUACGCUGUCCAGCGCUGUCGGACUGACGUGUCAUCGGCAUCAGUGUUCCACCAACCACUUCAGUGUCCGUGAAAGCAUCGUUUACUGAACUCAGGCUUACGUUUUUUGCCAUUCUAACGGAAGAAAUCCAAAGCUGUGACCGACUCAAAACACACUGUUAUUAAGGACGAGGGCGGCCACGACCCGCUCUUGUCUGCUCCCCCCCCCCCACACACACACACACACACAGCAAAACCCCAGAUCACACACUCUUCUGACCUUUUUUUUAAACGAAGACGCCGCUGAAGUGCAUCGUCGCAAAAAGAUGAAACACACGCAUGUGGAAAAAAAAGUGCUUCGAGAAUUCAACUUCACCAUGAGUGUUUGCAUAAUCCUAUAUGCCCUUGUAUGAUGUUAGUAUCUCUGUAUUAUGUAAAGACGUACCCAGGCUGAGAUGUUUGAGCCACGAGAAGCUGAUUAGAGUUUCAGCUCUACAAACAGUUUCAAGAGGCAGAAAUAGGCUAGCUAUGUGGCAUUUAGUACGAGAACCUGAUGCCAUAUUCCAAGAUGCUGCCCUAUUUAUUCCAAUGAGCCUGGCUCUACCGUUAAUGUUCCUUUUUGAUGAUAUAAAAGGUAAUUCAUGAAUUGUUGUGGCAAUCAUUCAGAGUGCAGAAUUCUGAUAUAGCUAGAAAAUAGCCACUUAGCCAUUAUAGCUUCAUAGCUAGCGCCAUUUCUGGAGCCUUGUUGCAAAAACCUUGAUAAAAAUGUACUCAAAGGUGUGAAGGACUUCGAUUUCAUUGUACAUCACUUAAAAUUUGUUACAUUAGCUUAUGUAGUUAGCUCGUAUAGCGGUUUGGAAAUCAAGCUAGGCAAAGUAGCCAACAUCGAUAGCUUUGUACAGCUAAAUUCUAGGACAUUUUUUGACUUUUUUUUUUUUUUUAAUCCGAAAUUUUAAAAGCAUUAUCUUGUCAUCUCUCCUUCUGAGGUGUUCAAGGACCUGCAGCUAAUGGCUACAUACUUUAAUUUAGGCUGUUUAGUUAGCGGUGGUUAUCAUGCUUAAUUUUACUCAACCUAUUUGCUUUAUGUGAUGCCCUAUGAUCACAACACUCAUUCAAACUAGUCAAGGAAAGUGUGUUUACCUCGGUAAGAAUUGUUGCCAAAUGCUUUAGCAGCCACAUUAUAAGCAUGUAUAUUAGCAUGCUAGCGGCAGUUCUUCAGCCUAGCUUAAGUUAUACCUCUUUCCCUCUGCCCUUCAGAUGUGACUCAACUAAUGAGAGCGGCUCUGCCUCUGGGAGUUGUUUGUAGAGCUAAAACUUUAUACAAGCUGCUUUUUUUGGGACCCGGCGUCUCUCUGUGGGUGUCCUUGUCCAGAGCCUGCUGACUAAGCUGGCUGUAUUGUAUUUACUCUUUGCAUGUGACCAGACAAACUCCCAUUCUGUGCACUGUCAUCACGACACACUCAUGUCUCAGAGCGGGCACCGCCCCGCCGCACUUUCUGUGCUGUGAUGAUGAUGAUGAUGAUGAUGACUUUCUGUUAAUGGGGCUUGUAUAUCGGAUGCCUUCGACAAUCAUGUGCACAUAUCAGAGUUACCAUGACGACAGGCCAGAGCGACUGAUUGUGUUUUUGUUUGUCUUUCUCCUGGAAUAAAUCCCGAAUGAUCGUAAUUUCAA